AAAAUGGCAUCAUCCAAAUCUUUGUCCAGUGAUCAGGUCAAAAUCUGGGCAGAAACUCUUGGCGUGCACAAUCUCUCCGAGGAGGCUGCGGAGUUCAUCAGCGGUUCCGUCUCGCAGAUUGUGCAGACUAUCGUGGACCGUGCCAAUAAAAACGCCAACUGCUCGCAUCGUAUGAAACUGCUGAAAUCCGAUGUAGAUUCGGCCAUGCAGCUGCUGAAUCUCGAUCCCACCGUGGACAUCUCCACGGGGGACUACAUUCCCAUCCGCGGCGUCAGUGGUGUGGGAGGGAAGACGCUGUAUGUCGUGGAUGACAAGGAGAAAGAAGUGCAAUCCAUCGCGCGCAAACACGGCGGCUCUCUUCCUUCGGAGGUGACGCUGCGUCAGCACUGGUUAGCCAUUGAAGGCAAACAACCCACGAUUCCCGAGAAUCCUGCGCCUUUAACGAAGGAUGAUCAGAAAGCCAAAGCGACGAACCCCGUGGUGGCCCGAAAAGUUGCUACGGAGAAAGCGGUGCAGAAGAGCCAGGUGGUGAGAAUUAAGGAUUUGGCGACGGGAGAUCUCAGCGCUGAACAGCAGCAGUAUUACAAGGAUGUCACGGAAGCGGUUAUUGGCAGCAAUGAGGACAAGAGAAAGGAAGCACUCUCCAGUUUGGAACACGAUCCAGGCCUGCACGCUCUCGUCCCUCGUCUGGCUGUUUUUAUAUCAGAGGGCGUGAAAGUGAAUGUUGUCCAGCAGAAUUUAGCUCUUUUGAUCUACAUUAUGAGGAUGGUGAAGGCACUGCUGGAUAACCAGUCCCUGUAUUUUCACGAAUAUCUCGAUCGCAUUGUCCCAGCAGUGACAUCUUGCUGCGUAAGCAAAGUUCUCUGCUCGCGACCGGAAGUCGAUAAUCAUUGGGCUCUGCGGGGAUUCGCCGCGAAAAUUCUUGCUUCGAUAUCCCGGAAUUAUGAUUCUCCGACCAGCCGGUUGUUGCAGAGAUUGAUUCAAAUUUUUAAAGAAACUCUGGAUGACGAUGCAUCUCCGUUGGCUACCAGAUAUGGAGCGUACUGUGCUCUAACGGAAUUUGGAAACGAAACGAUAUCCCUUAUGGUUGUUCCAAGAAUGAAACACGAGGCCGAACUGUUGAAAAACUAUCAGACUCCCAAUAGCAGCGCAGCCGACAAGAAAGCGGUUGAUCAAAUCCGCGACCGAUUAAUCAGCCGAGUUUCGGAGCACCAUCGCACCCUCCGUCCACACAUCGAUAAACCAGAAGAUUUCCGCAUUGAGUACGGCACAGUGUUUGGACCUCUUUUGUAUGACCAAUUUCAAAAGGAUCGUGCAAAGGACACAGCCAAACGGCCAUCCGUGUCGGGAUCGGUGCGAAUGUUCAGUCCACAGAACAGUGUGUCCAGCACAGUGGGAUCUCCGGCCACCAGAAUGCCCGUUGCGUCACCGGCGUCCACUUCGACUCAUCCGCAUAUUACGUCGCCAUCAUCGGCGAUGUCGCCACCGGUCGUGCGGCCUCCUUUAUUUCCAACGGGAAUGAGAGCCAGCUCGCCGGGCAGUGCGGGUGUUGGGAUGCGUACCUUGCCACAGUCCAGUACGGGAUCGUUCAUGAGCCCCGUUCAUGAUCCUGGGAAGGAUUCUUCCUGAAUUUGGUCGUAGUUAUCUCUGGUAUUUUUGUCUUGUAUCGCCUAUUAGGGCUCUGUUUGUGUUGUUAAAAAGUUUUGUCAUGUUAUUGUUGCAUGAACGGUAACAUUCCUUUUAAAUGUUUUAUUGUUGCAUGUUAUGUUAUUACCCGUUAAAUAUUCGGUACUAUACUGUACAUAAAUGACAAUUCAAUGAUUGUCAAAUUCUGAAUGUCAGACAGACUGUUUUGUGAAUUUCGCAUCGAACGGUAAUAUCCAAAAG